AUGAAGCAUGAAGUGGCUGACCUCCCCAACGGGCCGUUGGACAUCUACAGACAAAAAGCUUGCUUCCCAUGGAAGGACAUGCUUCUGUUCUUGGAUGGGGAAGAAGUGACAGCGUUAAAGCAACGCAUCUUCGCGGCGUUGGAGAGCGACCCUCUUUUCUCCAGGACGCCGGGUGAAGACCUACCUAUGGAGAAGAUGCGGGAGCUCACCUUUCUCAGGGUAAAACAGCUGUUCCGUUACGACUUCCUGACCGACGAGGAGGCCAUGAUGGACCCGUGGAAGACGGUGGUCCUCAAUGACUGCUUGGGAAUGUAUGACUGGUCUUUAGCGGCCAAGUUUUUCCUCAACAAAGGCAUGUUUGGGGCGACAGUCGCUAGCAGUGGCUCGGCGCGACACAGCAAGUAUGUGGACUCUACUAACGACAUGACAACGUUCGGAUGCUUCGCGCUGACCGAGCUGAGUCACGGUAGCAACACCCGAGCCAUGAGGACCACCGCCACCUACGUGCCCUCCUCGCAGGAGUUUGUCAUCAACUCUCCAGAUUUUGAGGCAGCCAAGUUUUGGGUGGGCAACCUGGGAAAAACCGCCACCCAUGCGCUAGUGUUAGCACAGCUCUACACGCCAGACGGGGCCUGCCAUGGCCUGCACUCUUUUGUGGUCCCGGUGAGAGAUCCCAAGACGUUGCUGGCUCUGCCUGGCGUGUUGGUCGGAGAUAUGGGCAAGAAGCUGGGCCAGAACGGACUGGAUAAUGGGUUUGCUUUGUUCCACAAUGUGAGGAUCCCGCGGGAGAACCUCCUGAACAAGACUGGUGACGUGACCUCCGACGGCACCUACGUCACACCUUACCAGGACCCAAACAAGCGAUUUGGGGCGUCGCUGGGGGCGCUGUCCGCCGGCCGGGUUUCCAUUGCCCGGAUGGCUCUUGUCAACCUCAAGCUGGCCUUGAUCGUGGCAAUCCGCUUCUCCGCUACCAGGAGACAGUUCGGACCGAAGGACUGCGAAGAACUUCCCGUACUCGAGUACCAGUUGCAGCAAUGGCGUCUGAUCCCAUAUGUGGCGGCAGCGUACGCUCUGGAGUGUUUUUCAAAAUCACUCUUCAGCAACUACGUGGAGUUCCGUAUUGGGCAGAUGAUGAAGGACCAAGUAGAUAGACAGGCCGAGCUAGGACGGGAGCUCCACGCGCUAGCCUGCUCGGGCAAGCCCUCGGCCGCGUGGACGGCUCAGCGGGGAAUCCAGGAGUGCCGGGAAGCAUGCGGCGGUCACGGUUACCUGGCCAUGAACCGCUUGGGAAACCUGCGUGAUGACAACGACCCCAACUGCACCUACGAGGGGGACAACAACGUCUUACUUCAGCAAACCGCCAACUACCUCCUGACAUGGAUGGACGUGAAGCGACGCGGCGGCGUACGCGUCCAAUCUCCACUUCACACGGUGGACUUCCUGGAUGAUUUCCAUAAGAUCCGAGAGAGUCGCUUCACGGCGCGCACCCUUGAGGACUGCGCCGACUCCGCGGUGGCGCUGGCGGCCUACAAAUGGCUGGUGUGCUUCCUUCUGGAGGAGAGUCACAAACGACUAGAGCAGCACCGGACUUCGGGCCAAGAUGACUUCCAAGCCCGCAACAAUAGCCAGGUGUAUUACUGCCGCGACCUGGCCUUGGCCUACAUCGAACACUGCUGCCUUCAGAGGUUCCACGAGCAGACUCGGCACGAAGACACCCCGAUCCGGCUCCGAGGGGUCCUCGGGAAGCUGUGUGCGCUUUACGGACUGUGGAGCCUCAGUGGCCACAUGGCCACACUGUACCAAGGUGGGUUCUUGAGCGGAAAGGAGCCGGCCCACUUGAUCCAGACGGCUAUUCUCACUCUCUGCACUCAGUUGAAGGACGACGCCGUGGCGCUGGUGGACGCGAUGGCACCGCCGGACUUCAUCCUCAACUCCCCCAUCGGCAACGCUGACGGACAACUGUACAAGAACCUGUGGUCUACGGUGAUGCAGGGACGCCAAGCGCUGGAGCGGCCUUCCUGGUGGAAAGAAUUCUGCUCCGACAAGCCCGCCGUCGGAUCUCUGCGACCCAAACUCUAG